GGCACUGACAAGUGAGGUUAUAGGAGAGGGGUGCUGCCAGGAUUUCUCUGUCAUACCGUGGGAAGACAAACCCAGCUUAGAUGUCUGGGAUCCCCAUCCAGGGUGGCUGGAAGCUGGGGAAGCAGAAAGGAGACUCUAGUUCUAACUCUAAACAACCUAAUCUUCCCGGCUUCCCAUCUUCAACUAGAUUUCUAAUCUCCAAGAAAUCCAAUCCAAUGUUCUGCCCCCCUGGCUGGUCUCUUUGUGUCCCUGCUGUGUCCCUGUCCAUCUUACCAUUGUCCAUCCUUUUGUCCCAUGUUGCCCAGGCUCUGUGAGUGCCAUACAGUGGGGAGGGGGUGGGGGCCACCAUGUCAUCAUAUCAGAAGGAACUGGAGAAAUACAGAGACAUAGAUGAAGAUGAGAUCCUAAGGACCUUGAGCCCUGAGGAGCUAGAACAGCUGGACUGUGAGCUACAGGAGAUGGACCCUGAGAACAUGCUCCUGCCAGCUGGACUAAGACAACGUGACCAGACAAAGAAGAGCCCAACGGGGCCACUGGACCGAGAGGCCCUUUUGCAGUACUUGGAGCAACAGGCACUAGAAGUCAAAGAGCGUGAUGACUUGGUGCCUUUCACAGGCGAGAAGAAGGGGAAACCCUAUAUUCAGCCCAAGAGGGAAAUCCCAGCAGAGGAGCAGAUCACCCUGGAGCCUGAGCUGGAGGAGGCACUGGCACAUGCCACAGAUGCUGAAAUGUGUGACAUUGCAGCAAUUCUAGACAUGUACACACUGAUGAGCAACAAGCAAUACUAUGAUGCCCUCUGCAGUGGAGAAAUCUGCAACACCGAAGGCAUUAGUAGUGUGGUACAGCCUGACAAGUAUAAGCCAGUGCCGGAUGAACCCCCAAAUCCCACAAACAUUGAGGAGAUACUAAAGAGGGUCCGAAGCAAUGACAAGGAGCUGGAAGAGGUGAACCUGAAUAAUAUACAGGACAUCCCAAUACCCAUGCUAAGUGAGCUGUGUGAGGCAAUGAAGGCAAAUACCUAUGUGCGGAGCUUCAGUCUGGUAGCCACGAGGAGUGGUGACCCCAUCGCCAAUGCAGUGGCUGACAUGUUGCGUGAGAAUCGUAGCCUCCAGAGCCUAAACAUCGAAUCCAACUUCAUUAGCAGCACAGGACUCAUGGCUGUGCUGAAGGCAGUUCGGGAAAAUGCCACACUCACUGAGCUCCGUGUAGACAAUCAGCGCCAGUGGCCUGGUGAUGCAGUGGAGAUGGAGAUGGCCACUGUGCUGGAGCAGUGUCCCUCUAUUGUCCGCUUUGGUUACCACUUUACGCAGCAGGGGCCACGAGCUCGGGCAGCCCAGGCCAUGACCCGGAACAAUGAACUACGUCGCCAGCAAAAGAAGAGAUAACACUGCAUUUCCCUUUACCAACUAGAGCUGGGAGCACUGGACACUUAAAUCCUCAUCUGUCCUCCUUUCCUGUAAAUAAAAGCCCUUCUAUCCA